ACAAAAUGGCGUUGGAUUAGGUUGUGCGUUGUUGUUACUUUUUGUUUUUCAAAAAUUUUAAAGCUGUUGACUUAAAGCUGAGGUUAAAAUGGGUCGUUCGCCCAGCCCGCGGCGGCGCGACGAAAGGCGAAGAGACCGAGACAGAGACAGGGACCGGGAUAGGGACCGCGAGAGGCGGAGGCCUCGCACCCGGUCCCGCUCGCGGUCCCUAGACCGGCGGCGGCGCUCGCCCGACCGCCGCCGGAGCCCCUCGCCGCGCCGCCGCCGCUCCAGGUCGCCCUCACCAGGACCCUCCACAUCCUUCGUGAAGCCGAAGAAGACCUUCGGCGAGCGUCCGAUCGUCACUCCCGCCGACCUUGAAGGCAAAACUCCUGAGGAACAGGAGAUGUUGAAGGUAAUGGGUUUUUGUGGUUUUGACACGACGAAAGGCAAAAAGGUGGAUGAUAAUAUUGAGGGGGAUGUCCAUGUGGUGCUAAAGCGCAAGUACAGACAGUACAUGAACAGGAAGGGCGGGUUCAACAGGCCUUUAGACUUCGUAGCAUGAUCCUCAGUCAACGCACAGCGAUCUUCCUCCAUUGGUUACACCAUGUUGGUCUGUUUAGUUGUAAGUCUGAUAUGUGAUAUUUUUGAUAGUUAGGUUUUAUAUGAACAGAUUAUUUACCUUGUUAUUGACUGCUUUACACUAUAUUUGCCCUAUCAGGGUCUAAGCAUUCUAAAGCGAGCCCUUUUGGUGAGCUAGAAAACAGAUAAGAUAUUAUGUCUCAUCUGACUAUAAAGCCUACUCGGCUGGAUGCUAACGAUAAGCAGUCUGGAGUCAAUUCUCAACAUAACUACAUACAUAAUUUCAUUUUAAUACCUGCAUAACAUUGAUAAAUCAUCUUCCAUAAGUACAUAAAAUUUCUCAUCAAAAGAACCACAUCAAACUAUAAAAAACGAGUCUAGACUUCCUUUAGAACACAAUUUUGAUCCCCAAAAAGUAUAUUCCCAUGAAUUUCAAGUUUAUUGUAAAAAUUUCGUCGUUAUUCUCAAAGGAAAUAACAAAAUACGCCUUCCUGUACCAGAGGGGGUCAAAAAUGAACAAAGAGGUUAUCCUACAGCUGUCUCUUUGUUAUAAACUCUCUCCCAUGGUGUCCUGGCAUUGAAUUUAAAACCAGUUUUACUGACCUUUUCAUUUUAAUAAUACUAAAACAUAUUUUUCGUCACGGGGUCAGUUUUAUCUCAAAAUCGUUCCCAUGGAUGAAUCUCACAAGAUGUUACAGUUAAUACAAGAAUUAAUUUAUUCAGGUAUAGGUUUGUAGAUUUUUAAAGUUUUUAAAACCGCAGAAUUCCCAUGUGUGGGUCAUUAUGCGAUGCUGGCAGUAAUUGUUGUACAAUACAGCAGGAUCCCAAAACCAUAAAAAAGCAUUCAUAAUUCAAAAUACUUUUCAAACUUGUGUUUAAAAGUCUGAUAAGUAUUUUUAAUUGAAAAUGUUAACCUUUCAUACUCAUAUUUAGACAACUUACGAACAUUGCAAAUCACUAUUAUAAUAAACUAGCUGUUGCCCGGGACUUCGUUCCCGUGGGUAGAAGAAGAUGUUAGUUAUGAUUUAU